UUUUAUUUGGACAAUGGAUGAUUUUAAUGAUCUUUAUGCAGCGGCUUAUUAACGUCUUGAAAAUGAGUUGAAGAUGACUAAAGAUAAUUUUUGCGAAAUGUCUAGACUGCUAGCUAACGAAGAAUUAAAAGUUAAUAACUUAACAAAAGAAAAAAGUAUUCUAGAGAAAAAUCUUUCUCGUUGUUUUGAAAAUUAUUCAACUCUUAAGAAAACUUAUGAUUUAAGGACCUAUCAAUUCAAAGAAGCAUCGGAACGAAAUCUUGCUCUCAAAAAUGAAAAUUUACAAUUUCGAUUGAAUUUGGAUGAUAACAGUCAAAUUAAAAAAGAAAAUGAAAUUCUCAAGGAUGAAAUUUCUCGCAUUAAUGAUAGUUUAGAAAAAUAUAAACAUAUAGCGGAUAAUCAGUUGAAAGAAAUGAAAGAUUUUAAAAAUAAAUUGAAAGAAAAAGAAGAAAAAAUAUCAAUUCUUAUUAAUGAGAAUAAGAAAAUUACAUCUUUUGUGAAAGAAACUGAGAGUAACCUGCUUAGAGCUUAUGAGGAUUUGAAGCAAAUUUCUUUUAUUUCGAAAUCAUAUGAAACAUACUAACAAUUCAAUGUAUACACAUCGGUAGAUUCAAUAUUUUUUUUGUUAUAAGCAUAAUUUUA